AUGAUUAGAGCCGUGAGAUUGAACACUGCUGUUCUGCAAACGAAGAAGACAGCGGCCUCCGCUGCCAUUGGAUUGAGACGUGGUCUAGCCACCACAGCAACCCCAGAUGCGGACGAGACCGUGGAAAUUACGCUUCCCGACUCGUCGUUUGAAGGCUACAUGUUGGAGCCCCCUUCUUUGACGUACACCACCACCAAGGCCGGUCUAUUGCAAAUGUACAAGGACAUGGUGUGUGUCAGACGUAUGGAAAUGGCCUGUGAUGCGCUUUACAAGGCCAAAAAGAUCCGUGGUUUCUGCCACUUGACUGUGGGUCAAGAGGCCAUCGCCGUUGGUAUCGAGAAUGCCAUCACCAAGAAAGACACUGUUAUCACCUCUUACCGUUGUCACGGCUUCACCUUUAUGCGCGGAGCCUCUGUCCAAGCGGUCUUGGCCGAAUUGAUGGGCCGCCGUUCGGGUGUUUCUUACGGUAAGGGUGGUUCUAUGCACUUGUACGCUCCAGGUUUCUACGGUGGUAACGGUAUUGUUGGUGCCCAGGUGCCUUUGGGUGCCGGUUUGGCCUUUGCCCACCAAUACAAAAACGAAGACGCCUGUACUUUCGACUUGUACGGUGAUGGUGCCUCCAACCAGGGUCAAGUGUUUGAAGCUUUCAACAUGGCCAAGCUUUACAACUUGCCUUGUGUUUUUGCCUGUGAAAACAACAAAUACGGUAUGGGUACUGCUGCGUCAAGAUCGUCGGCUAUGACCGAGUAUUUCAAGCGUGGUCAGUACAUUCCAGGUCUAAAGGUCAAUGGUAUGGACAUUUUGGCCGUCUACCAGGCUUCCAAGUUUGCCAAGGACUGGUGUGUUUCUGGUAAAGGUCCUCUUGUUCUCGAAUACGAGACCUACAGAUAUGGUGGCCACUCUAUGUCUGACCCAGGUACCACCUACAGAACCAGAGAUGAGAUCCAGCACAUGAGAUCUAAGAACGAUCCUAUCGCUGGUUUGAAGAUGUACUUGAUGGAGCUGAACGUCGCCACUGAGGACGAAAUCAAGGCUUAUGAUAAGGCCGCAAGGAAGUACGUCGACGAACAAGUUGAAUUGGCCGAUGCCUCUCCAGCUCCUGAGGCCAAGAUGUCUAUUUUGUUCGAAGAUGUCUACAUCCCAGGCACUGAAACUCCUACUCUAAGAGGCAGAGUGUCUGAGGACACCUGGGACUUCCAGAAGAAGGGUUUCGCUUUCAGAGAUUAA